AGCUCCGCUGCUGCUGCAGUUUCUCUCAGUUCUCUUCAGAAGGUUCAGAGUCUCAGUCUGGUUCUGGUCCACAGAGAGCUGAUGAAGACCAAGACGAUGAUGAAGAUGAUGGUCGUCCUCGUCCUCUCUGGUGUCUUCUGUGUCUCAGCCGACGGUCCACAUAAGGACAUUGCUAUUGUUGGCUGUUCUGACUCUGAUGGAGAGGAGAUGUACGGUCUGGAUGGAGAAGAGGUCUGGUACGCAGACUUCAAACACGGCAAAGGAGUCAGACCUCAGCCCAGUUUCGUGGAUCCAAUAGACUACAGAGAAGGAACUUAUGAAACAGCUGUGGGUAAUCAACAGAUCUGCAGAAAUAACCUGAAAAUUGAUCUGAAAGCCUUCAAGGACUUCCCACUGGAGAAAGAUCCUCCUUCCAGUCACAUGAUCUACCCCAAAGACGGCGUGGAACUGGGAGAGAAGAACUCGCUCAUCUGUCAUGUGACUGGUUUCUAUCCUGCUCCAGUGACGUUCUCCUGGACCAAGAACCAGGACAACGUCACUGAAGGAUCCAGCAGGAACGUUCCCUACCUCAACAACGACGGAACCUUCAACCAGUUCUCCACCCUUGAGUUCACCCCAAAGCUGGGAGACAUCUACAGCUGCAUGGUGGAACAUCUGGCCCUGGACCAUCCACUGGUCAAGUUCUAUGAUGUGCAGGUGUCUCAGCCCAGCGUUGGACCAGCGGUCUUCUGUGGAGUCGGUCUGACUGUUGGUCUCCUCGGCGUCGCUGCUGGAACCUUCUUCCUCAUCAAAGGAAACGAGUGCAGCUGAUUGGUUAAUGAUCUUCAUCAUGUAGGAGUCUCAUCUUCAUCAUCUUCAUCAUCUAAUCCAGUCUAAUUAAUGUUGUUAAUUAUCUCUGAAUCUCAUUCAUUUAUUGAAUUAUUCUUCUGCUCUUAUUUUGAAAUAACGAUGACGGCGUCGCGAUGAUCUCAUCUUGUUUUCUCUCAUCUGUUUCUUUUAAUAAUAAACUCUAAAAUAAGAAGUCAGACCCGUUGACCUUUGACCUCUGCUUGUGUCUCAGAAGCACUUUUAACAGUUUGAAGAACACGACGUGUUUAAAGUAUAAGAACUAAAUUCAGAAUGAAUCUUGUAAACAUGUUUGUCUGUAAGAAGCUCAGUGGCUUUUAUUCAUUUAUGGAAAAAUGUUUGUUUUCAAGUAAUUAUGAUUAAAAAUCAAUAAACUGACUCAGCUGUUUAUUAAAUGUUUCCUUUUAUUGAUCUUCAGUAUUUGUACGACUGACUCAACUUGAACCAUUUAGCUUGGAGACAAGUUAUGCUAAGCUAAGCUAUGCUACUAAAAUAAAAGCCUUUUCCUAAA